CAGACUGAUGGAUAGAGGCGGGGCCUCGGGCGGCUGACGGACCUCGCCUGCGCGGACAGGAGCGCACGUUUUGACCUGGCGCUGGACUCUGGGCACUUCUGGGAAGCCCUCAGGGCAUCCGGGCUGAACCAGGCUUUCUGGGGCCCUGUCCUCUGGCUGGGACAUCUGCGCCUCGUCUCUCAGGCUGAGUUGGGGAGGGCUGACCACCUUGUUUACCUGCCUAUCCCAAGUUCAGGCAGAACCAGGAGGUACACACAAGGUGUCUAAUGAGUGUGUGAAUCCACAUGAUAGGAUAGGGAAGCUGGCACAGGAAAACAGUAUCAACAGCAGCAGCUUUAGCUCAGCAGCCUGGUUUUAUUUGCACUUCCCAGGUGAGCAAAGGUAACCAGGAAGGAGGGGCACCAUAUAUGGCAAGAGCUGAGAGUUCCCCAACCUGCCCACUACUAAACUGCCAGGCCCUGUGGGCGGGCCCGGGAGUCCCUAAAACCAACAGAGGCCUUGGUAACGUUGCACAGCGCAGAGCAACAACCACCAGGCAGGGCAAGCUAGGGCAGGGUCAAAGCACUGAGUUUGCAAGAGGCCUCUGAGUUCCUGUUCAAUAUGGAGGGUACAGCAGCUCAAGGCCGCAGGCCAGGGGCCCUCCCUCAGGCCACAGAGAAUGUGAGUCCCCCCAGGACUCUGCUGCCACCCUAGGAUCAGGGGUCCGUCCUUUCCCAGAGGCCAGGACGGGUGCACGUACCUGACUCCUGGGUCUGAUUCUAGCCAAGGAAAAGGUUGCCCCAGCUUGGCAGGGCUGAUGACUCUGUGAGAGUGGGGUCCACAGCUCAGACCUGGGACCCCCCCGGGCAGUGUGGUGGUGCCUUCCCAGGUUGUACCACGAGUUAAGGACUGGCUGCCAGCAAAGCCCUGCUCCCUGCUCCCUGAGGGUGAUCCAGCCUGGGCCACCAAUCUAGAGUCAGAGUUCCUGUCAGAUCUGGAGCUGAGUGAGGAGCAGCGGCUACAGAUCUCUAAGGAGCUGGUCGACCUCCAGAUCACAACCCAUCGCCUGCAGGAGCAGCACGAGGCUGAAGUUUUCGAGCUGAAGAAGGAGGUGAGUAGCUGUAGGAGCCCACAGGUGUGAGCCUGAGUGCACAGGAUGUAUACUAGGGCAAGUGCCACAGGUGUCCAGGUGCAUAAGGGUGCACACACAAGCAUGCACAUACAAGCAAGCAUGUGUGCUCUAUCCCUGGGUGUGCCCAGCUAAUAUUUACCUGUUCCAGGCAGCCCCAUAGACAAGUGCACCUGCUCACCAGAAUUGCCCACAGGUCCUUCACCUGGAGAGCCGGGUGCUAGACCUGGAGCUACAUGGAGACCGUGCCAGGGCAGGGCGCACAGCCCCAGUGGAGGCCAACCCAGCUCACCACCAGGCACUGGCACAAGAGUUCAGUCAGGAAGCCAAGGCACCUGGAUACGCUGGUCACCGCAGACUCCAGGGAUCUUGGAGCUGGGGUCUCUUGCAUCCAGCCCUUGUGCACCUCACAGCUGCUGGGAGGCUGGGAACAGCUGCAGGGAGAAGUGAAGCAGGUGCUGGAACGUCACAAAGCCCAGCAGCAGGCACUAGAGACACGGAUGGCAGCCCUGGGCCAGCAGCUGCAGAGAGCCGAAGAGGAUGCCAGGGCAGCCAGGCAGCAAUUGGCUACACAAUCUGUGGUGCUGUCCACCUGCAAGGGCCGCCUCUGCCAAUCUGAGGCUGAAAAUGCCCAGUUGCAGCUGCAGCUGAAGAAGAUGAAUGAAGAGUAUGCCAUCCAGCUGCAGCACUGUGCCCAAGAAGUGGUGAAAUAUGCCGAUGGUGCAGGCCAAGCAGCCCUUCAGACAUUUCUGGACACCACUCUGGAGAACAUCCGGGCAGCGCACCGUAGCCGUGAGCAACAGCUGGCACGGGCUGCUCGGGUCUACCGCAAGCGUCUGGCAGAUCUGAGCUGUAGGCAUGAGGAGCUGCUGGUCACUUGCAGUAGGCAGCGGGAGCAGCCCCAGGCAUUGGUGGACCCCAACAUGGCACCCGGAACCCUCAAGGCUACCUUUGCUGCAGCUACUGACUUGGAGCCACUGCCCGUGCACCUGGCCACUGAGCUCAGUCACCUGCAGAAAGAUGAGCACAGCAGGCUUGAGACACUGUUUUUGUACUCACAGAAGGGACCUGGUGAAGCCUCCCAGGGGAGUGCGGCAGAGCCACAGCUUCUAAAUAAUGCAUCCUGGGUCCAGAUCUGCCAGAAGCUCCAAGACUUCUCCCAAGGCACCCAGGCAGAGCUGGAACGUGAACGAGCACAACUGUUGGUCAGGGCCUCUGAGGCUGAAGAGCGGCUUUCUGAGCUUCAGGAGUAUGUGGACCAGCACCUUGGCAGGUAUAAGCAGGAAGUCCUGAGGCUGAGGAAGCUGGUGGGUGCAGGGGACCCCUGGAAAGUGGGGUUCCCAACUGCAGCCAAGCCCCAGCAUUCAAGGACCCACAGCCGCUAAGCCACAAGGCCUUCUUCUGAAGAGACCCCUGGACAGCCAGCAUGGAGCCCUCUCCAAACCCCAGCCUCACCUAAUAGAGAAAUCCCUCCCCCCAGCUCUCUAUGAAAGAAAUCAGCCUGAGA